AUGUUACACGACACAGACUACGUGUUGUGGGUUGACACCGCCGCCUGGUCGGGCAAAGGCGAUCGGCCUACCUAUCCUUACCAAAACCCUCUGAACUUUGGCGGUCUACGGUACGAUACGAUCAACAUCGGAGGUCCAAGCGGCAUCAAUGCGCCGUGUGUUCAGCUUCAAUUGCUUGACGACCUGUGGGAAUGCGUCAAGGCAUAUCUUGUCAAAAACGAUACAGGAAGCAGGCCAACGGUUCCAAACUUGUACUCUAGCGUGCUGAACCCGGACCACAAGCCCCAGCACAUCAAUGGUCCUCAUCAGGCUCACUACGUCUCUAUUGAGGCUGUAUCCAUCAUCAUCCAACUCUCAGAUCAAGGGAAGGCUCCUCGGGGCUCAGCCUUGACGUUCAAGCAGAAGCUGAGAUCUGACAUUUGUCUGCCACUCCUAUUCAAAGAAAUGGUUUUCACCACCGUGGGAGGCAACAUAUGCGGGUCUCUCUAUGAAUACGACAACACGCGCAGCGGGUCCAUUGGUGUAAGGCACGCAUUCAGGCUCGUCCCCCGACAGCCAAAUAUUGCGCGUCUGGCAGCAAGCGCGUCCCGCAACCCGGUCAAGCUUCACUCGCAGUCGGUUCAAUCCCUCUUGCUCAUGGAGGGCUGGACAGAUGCUAAGCUGCAAAAGAUGUGCCAAAAGCUUCUCUACGAUACCAUGCUCUAUCACAUGGACCAGCGCCAUCGAGAGGACCUACUAAAGGCUCCCAAGCCCACCGAUCUGCACGCAAGACUUGGUUCAGAUUUGGAUGACGGAGUGAAGUCUUGGAUCAAGGAUACAUACGCACCGGCUUUCAUCGCCAAUUACAUCGCAAGAGACGCCAAACUCCAGAACAAGCUCUUGGAGGAUGAGAAGAAAAAGAUUCGGUAUUGGUUUGCGGGUCGAGGUACUUCCACCUUGGCAGCCACUCGUCACUAUUCGACACUCCACAACGUGGCGAUGCAUCAGAGCAUGUACGAGGUGCUCCCCAAGUUGGUCGAUUACGCAAAUGAACCUCAAAGUUGGGCAAACAGAAUUGCGACAACUCAAGCAGAUGUUCGGUGCGAGCGAAUGCUUCGGAUGGCCAAAACAUCGGGAAACAAGGUCGAUUACUUCAACAAGAUGUCCUCUUUGGCGGCUUUCUUUGACGUAGAGGGUCGUCAUACAAGGUUACAGAUGAAGGCCUCACUGAUGGGAUCAUUGAAUGACGUCUUGGCCAGUCGGCCCUUGUUCCGUACCGAGGAAGCUGCAACGAAGGCGGAGGCAUGGUUCUCCGAGUACUUUGGUCACUUGGUGUUCGCAAUUCUCGCCGAUGACCAGGCUGCCCUGAAUAGUGUGGAGAAAGCCCGUGUUCACGCAUUCCGUCUGUCCCAAGACAUGAAAGUGGAUCUCACAAAGUGUGUUCAGCAGAUGGAGGCCGACAAUAAUCUUAACGGAACGGCAAGCGCCAAGCAGCGCGCGGAUGCCCUUGUCAAUGCCACGAUCUCCCAAGGUGUGUGGAAAUCGCUGGCUGAGAGCGUGCGUAUGGCGACCAACCUUGGUCAGAAAAAGAAUAGCACACCAAGCGCUUUAUCUGUAGAAUUCGAAGCGUCGAGUCUACGAAUGAACGACGGGGGCGGUGGUAGCGAUGGUGGCGGGGAUGGCGGGGAUGGCGGCAAUGGUGGAGAGGGCGACGACGGAGGCGAAGGUGACGACAAGAAGGACGAAGCCCUGGAAGAUGUCGAGAAUGGUUGGGAUACCGGACUAGCUUUUUUCGAGGUUGCGUGGACGCAUAUGGGUAGGCGGAGGAUAGGAUUGAAAGUCUUGGCGGGAAAAUCUCUGGUCGGAGCAGCAUUUAUGGCCUUCUUUGUCGCCGAUGCCGUCAGUCUCUUCAGAAAUUGGGGCACCUCCACGCCAGAGCGCAAAACGAUCAUCGGUAUUCGGACAGUGUCGGCCCUGCUCCACACACUCCAAUGGGGGCAAGAGUUCGACGAGCUCUGGGGAGACUUCAAGCGGGUAGAUGAUUGGGCCCGGAUCAAAGCCUCAAUCCGGUCUUACAAUAAUCAAGCUGAGCUCACAAAGUAUUGGACCCAAGGUGGGCUCGAGGAGGUCUAUGGAAACGAUUUAGAGCUGGUGGAGUUCGGCAUUCCCGCUGAUACAGAGGGAGUGGUCAAUGUUUCCGCCGAAGCUGCGGAUGGAAUCGAAUCGGCUGCACUUCAUGAUCUGCAGAGCGAGGAGAAGGCUCUCAUCAAAUGGCUCCAGAGUCAAAUACCCAAGCUGCUAUUGGUCUCCACAGAGGACGAGGAGAUCGAGCUGACGACAUUGAGUGAGAAACUCGAGACCAAUCCUUCAGACGUAGCUCCCUUGGAUGCUUGGUUCCGCCAACAGUACGGAGACGGCUAUGCUUCAAUCUGUGACUCCAAGGCGACCCUGCAGGAUGUGGUAGAUCGGGCAAAACUUGAAUCUAUCGCUGGACCGAAGUUGAGCGAUGAAGUGCUUGCAGUCCGUAACUUUUCACUCAGCAAAGUCAAGGUCAAAGCCGGAUUAUUUUGUCUCAAUAUCGCCUUGGUCAUCACGACAUCGGUCUCUCUGGCGAAGGAGUGGGAUACGAUGAAUCAGACUCAAAGAGGUCUGAACACUACGGCCGUAAUCCUGAACGGUAUCGCCGCAAUCACCGACGAGGUGGUCGUUAAUGGCGGACUAGCUGGCUUUGUCCAGUUGGGGCUCUUGACAGGCUUCGAGAUCGCGGAUGAGACGAUUGCCGCUCUGACGUCUUGGGUGCCCAUCGUUGGAGAGGUCUUUGCGGCUAUCGGGCUCGUUUUGAUGAUCGCAGUGGCUUUUGUACACUCUGACUCGGCGCCGAAACACUCGACGGACGAGGACUCGCCAGCCAGCAAGUUCAUACGCCACAAUUUGACCCCACUCCUUUCGACGUGGCAACAACAGCCAGAUGGACAGACGCAUGUUGAGGCGAAAAUGUCCCCCCACGGUUGCCUCGAAGUCAUCGUUAAAAACAAAACGGCUGGUUCGAGAUUGAAACUGGUCAGCGUUGACGUCAACAUCCGUGUGGGGACUGUCAGUGGCGCUCUGCUGUAUACGACCGAGUUCGAAUGGAGUAAGGAUCCUCUAGCACUUCAUGCCACGGAUCCUGGGAAGGCUACAAUGGAUCAAGGAGAUGAUGCGCAAAAUCCGAGGCGACUCACGUACUCACGUACCGACCUGGGGAAUGGCGGGUAUGCGGCAAAAUUCACAGUCACUGGGGUUGUUUCGAGUUCCAACCCCAAUGGGCUACUUGAUUUCCCGUCAGGUGGCAGGAUGCGGCUUCGAGUCUUUGGAGUAGAAACAGGAGGAGUUGCCGACAUCGAUGUUGUGGAAACUACCCACGUGGACACUAUAGCGCACCUGUUUACUAUUGCUAGAGCAUCUUGA